UCACUAGUACCUUCCCCAAGCUGGUUGGCGAUUCGACCCGGUUCAGUCACAAUGGAGGCUUACCGGUUUAAAUUUAGCUCGAUUGUGUGGCUUCUGCUAAUGGUUGUAGUGCCUUUGGAAGCUGUAGGAGGCGUUCGAACCGGCCGGCUGAACCGGUGGGAUCAGGUUAUUCGGAUGCCUGGGGAUCAGGACGACGAACCGGAAACAAACAGCACACGAUGGGCGGUUCUCGUGGCCGGUUCAUCCGGGUAUGCAAACUACAGGCAUCAGGCGGAUGUAUGCCAUGCGUAUCAAAUACUGAAGAGAGGAGGAUUGAAAGACGAGAACAUAGUGGUGUUUAUGUAUGAUGAUAUUGCUGCGAGUGAACUCAAUCCGAGGCAGGGCAUCAUAAUUAACCAUCCACAAGGUCAAGAUGUCUAUGCUGGUGUCCCCAAGGAUUACACUGGCAAGCAUGUCAGCGUGAAGAAUUUGUACGCGGCGCUUUUGGGUGAUAAAAAAGCGGUGAAAGGUGGAAGUGGGAAGGUUGUGGAUAGCAAGCCCAAUGAUAGGAUCUUUCUAUACUACUCUGAUCAUGGAGGCCCUGGUGUACUCGGGAUGCCAAAUAUGCCUUUUCUUUAUGGCAAAGAUUUCAUUGAGGUUCUGAAAAAGAAACAUGCAUCUGGUAGCUACAAAGAGAUGGUUAUAUAUGUUGAAGCAUGUGAAAGUGGGAGUGUUUUUGAAGGCUUGAUGCCCGAAGAUCUGGAUGUUUACGUUACAACAGCAUCAAAUGCAGAGGAGAGUAGCUGGGGAACAUACUGCCCUGGGAUGGACCCUGCUCCACCUUCCGAGUACAUAACUUGCUUAGGGGACCUGUAUAGUGUUGCUUGGAUGGAAGACAGUGAGACGCACAAUCUGAAGAAAGAAACAAUAGAGAAACAGUACACCAAUGUGAAGGAGAGGACUUCAAAUUACAACACAUAUAAUGCCGGAUCCCAUGUGAUGGAAUAUGGGAAUAAAAGCUUCAAAGGCGAACCACUUUCUCUGUAUCAAGGUUUUGAUCAGGCCACAGAGAACUUCCCACCCAACAAAUUACACUUUGAUACACGCAUGGGUGUUGUCAACCAAAGGGAUGCAGAUAUUCUUUUCUUGUGGCAAAGGUACAAAAAAUCUGAAAAGGGAUCGGAAGACCCAUCGAAGACCAAAAUUCUCAAACAGAUCACAGAAACGAUUAUGCGCCGAAUUCACUUGGAUGGUAGCAUACACACAAUUGGAAUGCUUCUAUUUGGACCGCAAAUGGGUCCUUCUAUCCUCACUUCCACGAGAAAACCUGGUUUAGCCAUUGUUGAUGAUUGGAUGUGUCUCAAAUCGAUGGUCCGGGUGUUUGAGAAUCAUUGCGGAUCAUUAACUCAGUAUGGCAUGAAGCACAUGCGAGCAUUUGCAAAUAUUUGCAACAAAGGGGUCUCUGAGGCUGCCAUGGAAGAAGCUUCUAUGGUUGCGUGUGGCGGGCGCAACUCGGGCCAGUGGCACCCUUCAAAAAUAGGGUAUAGUGCUUGAUUUUUGGAGCUUGGCCUGCGGUAGUUUUCUUGCACAUGUUAGGUUGUAAAAUAUAAGUGCUUAAUACUUUCAAACUUGCAUUGUCUGUCUAUGUUUCCGCAACGUUGUCAAGUUUCUUUAAGUUUUGUGUAUAUAAAGCGAGCAGGACUAUAAGCUUGAAUAUGCAUAGAAC